UUUCUGUUUGAUUUUCGAAAGUUUUAAUGUUUAUGGGAAUGGUUUAUAUUUCCGUUUUUUGCUUUGUGUGUUUUUGACACUUCGCAACCAUUUCCCAUUGCGGCGAGUUCGAAAACGCGAUCUUUCAUCCAUUCGAUUUACUGAAGAAAAUGAAGUGAAAUCUUGGAGAAAAUUUGUUUUCAUUCCUUAGGUUUAAUUCAGUACUUGAAAGAUGUUUCGCUGGAAAAAAGAUAAAGACAAGGAAAAGGAGGACAAAAAGAAGAAAGACAAGAAGGAUCGUAAGGAUCGUAAAUCAACUAUUGAAAAAGAAAGCUUGACUGCUGAUGAACUUAAGCGUUUAGAUGAAGUGCGAAGAAGCUUUACAAGCAGUAAAGGACAUUCAAAAGAUGACUCAUUUGACAAGCAAAGUAAUAGUAGCGAUUAUAGCCUAAACUCUCCUCAUGAUACAAGUCCAUCAGCUAGCAGCAUGAUUCUUGAUCCUAAUAAAUCUGGGAGUCCAUCAAGAAAGCCACCUCCAAUACCAAAGAAGCCUACUUUGCUCGUAAAACCAAACCAAUCGACUAAUAAUGUUGAGACAACCCCAUCACCACAGGGGAGUACAUAUUCUAUGGCAUCCCUUCAUCUUGGUCCAGUUAACUUAACUAAUGAGAUGCUUGCCUUUAUGGAUCAAAUGAACAACCCGAGUAGUGAUAUCUUUGCGGCCUCUAUUCCUGCCAAACCAAGUGUUCCGUCUGCACCACCGUCACAAGUGCCACCUGGUGAACAGGGAGGUUACGGAAUGAGAUGGAAGUCGUAUGCCUCCAAUCUUAGAUUGCCUCCGGUAACAUGUCUGCCAGCACCAGUAAGAACUCAUUCUAUUUGUAAGAAUGCAGAUAUAUUUCCUCAUCCAAGUAAUGCCAAGAAAACCAGCAAAAGUGUUCUGUGGUCUGGAGAGCGACUUCUGAAAGUUAACGAAAUAUCUGUGGAAAAUAAAAGUAAUGAGGAGAUAUCAGAACUGAUAAAAUCCUCAGAUGAACCUAUUACUAUAACUGUCCAAACUGUUCCUGAGUUGAGAGAGAUUACCAGGAAGUCAGACUGUGAUACACAAACUGUCGAGAAUUCUGAACAGAGAUCAGGAUCGUUAUCUCCUGGAAGUAAUAUGAGAUUUAGAGGACUGGCUAAAUCUGAAGAAGAAAUGGAGGUUGAAAAGGCUUGGCUGUCACGAAAUAUUGUAUGGAUUGUACACAAAGGUGGAUUCUCUGCUGCUCAUCUAGUCAAAUCAAGUACUUCUCCACAAGAAGGAAAAUUAUGCAUUAAAACAGAAUUUUCACAGGAUGUCCUUGAAGUUAAUGAAGAAGAUGUGGAAAAAGCCAACCCUCCUCAGUUUGACUUUAUUGAAAAUGUUGCACAUCUUCGACAUGUGAAUGAAUCCAGUGUUUUGCAUACUUUACGCCAAAGAUAUUGCUCUCAGCUUUUAUACACAUUUGCAGGAAAUAUUUUAAUCACUUUAAAUCCAAUUCAACCGAUUUCAGCAUACUCUGAGAUGGUAAUGAAGUAUUUUAAAAGCUGUCGAGAUGAAGAAAUGCCUCCACACAUCUAUGCUGUAGCUCAAAAUGCAUUAACUAAUAUGUUACGGACUCGCAAAGACCAAUCAGUUAUAUUACAGGGAAGAAGUGGCAGUGGCAAAACUUCUAACUUUCGACAUUUACUUCAGUAUUUAGUGACUGUUGCUGGAUCUUCAAAGCAAAUAUUAACUGCUGAGAAGUUGAAAGCAGUAUCAACUUUAUUAGAAGCUUUUGGAAACUGCAGGACGGUGUUAAAUUCCAAUGCAACUCGCUUUACUGAGCUUUUCACCAUUGACUUUGAUCAUUCAGGUCAAAUCAUUUCAGCAUCUGUUCAAGCUUACAUGCUUGAACGGUCAAGAGUUGGUAGACGUCCUGAAGGAGAACCAAACUUCAACAUAUUUUAUUAUCUUUUAGCUGGAGCAGAUGAGACUUUAAGGAAAGAGUUGCGUUUUGAGAAUUUGCAAGAUCCCAAUCUAUUUAUGACACCACUUCAGAAGGAUGAGGAUCAAAGACGGGCAUGCUUAUCCUGGUCAUGUGUUGCUGCUGCAUUUCAAACUUUAGGGGCACAAAAUUAUGAAGUCAAAGCAAUUUGGUAUAUUCUUGGUGCAAUAUAUCAUCUUGGUGUGGCAAGUGCUUGCAAAGGUUCUAAUGGGCGUUUACAGUUUCUGAGACCCCAAAAUGCCCAGAAAGCAGCAUCUUUAUUAGGAUGUUCAGUAGAAGAUUUAGCAAAAUGUAUCUUUUCUUCUGACAGUGGACAUGUUUCAGGAAAAGUUUCUCCUCGUUCAAAUGAUGGCACAGUUGAAGCUACUGAGUGUUUGCAGGCAAUGGUAUCAAGCUUGUAUGCAGAAGUUUUUAGUGCAAUGAUUUAUCUUAUUAAUAGAUCUUUGAGCAGUAAUGGUCGAAGUAUGGCAUCCUUUUACUUGUUAGACUGUCCUGGUUUUCAGAAUCCCGCAACUUGCGGUCGCGUCAUGGGUGCUGCACUCGAAGAUUUAUGUCAUAAUUAUUGUCAAGAACGUUUACAGUCUUUAUUUCAUGAUUCCACUUUUCUUAACCAACAGGAAAAAUAUUUGCAGGAAAACAUUGAAUGGAAUAAAGAAGAAUAUCAUAUUUCUAGUCCUGCACCGUUAAUUGAUGUAAUAGAUCAUACACCUCAACAAGGUGCUGUUCGAGCUUCUACUGCUGAUUUGCGUGAUGUUGGUAAAAGGGGGCUGAUAUGGCUUCUUGAUGAAGAAUCUCUAUUUCCUGGAGCGAGUGAAAAAUCAUUCCUUGAUAAAUUAUUCAUGUCUUACAGUGGAAAAGAAUAUCAGCAGUUGAUUCGUAAAGGACCCUACAAUCAUCAGUUCACUGUUCAGCAUUUUCACGGAACAAACCCUGUUGUAUAUUCAGUCUCAGGAUGGUUGCGGAGCUCCAGAGAGCAUCCAGCGUCACGUCAGACUAUAUUUCUACUCCAAGAAUCACAGAGAGAAUGCAUAAAUCAAUUAUUUUCUACAUCACGGGGAGUAUUUGGAACACCAGGAUCAAAUACACUGCAUGCAGACGGAGCUUCAACUUUGCGCCGAAGUUCGAGUAUGCGAAGAGCCCAGGGUGCUGGCGUGAAAAGGCGAUCUGUUCCUCUCCAAGUCAAGUAUACAAUGGAUGGUCUGAUAGAUUUGCUACGAAGGACUAAUAUGCACUUUGUUCAAUGCUUUAUACCUCGACACAAUGCCGGGAUUCGGGAAAGCCGUCUUUCUCCCACAGUGGCAAAAAAUUCACUUACUGAAGAUAUGUUAAAUAUUCCACUGUUGCGUUCACAAAUUAGAGGAUUUCAAGUUCUUGAUACAGUUAGAGUUCACAAACAAGGUUUUCCUGAAAACCUUAUGUAUUCGGAGUUCAGGCGUAGGUUUGAAAUUCUUGCGCCUGCUGAACAUCGCGUCACUUCUCCUGUCUAUGAUGAACGAAAAGCUGCUGAAACUUUGCUGGAAAGUAUUGACCUUGAGAAGAGUACCUAUCGAUUGGGCUUGAGUCAGAUUUUCCUUCGUUCAGGAGUGUUAGCUCAGCUAGAGGCAAAGCGGGAUCAAAAGUUGAAUGGAGUAAUUACCAGUUUUCAGGCAUCUUGCCGAGGAUAUCUUGCAAGAAGAUCAAUCAAUAAAUUAAAAGUUCAGGAACUUGCAAUAUGCUGCAUACAAAGAAAUGUACGCAAAUUCUUAGCAAUAAGAAGUUGGCCUUGGUGGCGACUAUAUGUGAAAAUUUUACCUUUAUUGGAUGUUCAUCGAACUGAGGAAGAUUUGCGUUUGAAAACUGAAGAGUUAGACACACUGAAAGCAAAAUUAGAGAAAUUGGAAAAAGAAAGAAAUGAGCUUAAAAUAACAAAUGAUAAACUUGAAGUGAAGGUAUCUGAAUUGUGGUCUGAAUUAAGCGAGGAACAAUCUACUGCAACUCAUGCCUCUGAAAUGCUUGAAGCUGAAACAUCUGAAAGAAUGAGGUUAGAAAAAGAAGUCCAUGAACUUCAGGUAAGCUUUAAUUCAUAUUUCAUUUCAAGUAAAUUAUGUGGCAUGAAUAAUAGCGAACCUUAAUAUUUAUUUUUAAAA